CGUGGCUUCGCGCGGGUAUCAUCAGGGUUGGCAGAGGGAGGGAGUGGAACGAGGGGAAACGACGAAUCGCGCGACGGUGGCGAAACAGUAGCGGCGGCGGCGGCGGCGAAAUAGCGUUCGUCGUGUAUAAUACAUGCGUAUGUGUGCGGUCCGAGUGUAUUUACCGAGUGACGGCACCGUCGGCACGUUCGGCACGCCGAAGUCAGGCCACGCGCGGAAAACAGGUUGACGUUGCGUGCGCUUCCCUGGUUGCGUUUUUCGCGCGUCCGUUCGAGAAAGACAGGGUAAACCGAGUGAACGUAGACGAAAGGAGGAUAGCGAACGAGCGCGUCUCCGCGUCGCCGAGCGGGACACUGCGCGCCCAGUCUCGCCCGUGUCUCGUUACCGCUACGGUGUCGUGAUCGUGUUCGUCGUGCUCGUGUCUCGUCAUCCUUGGUGUCGAGAAGCGGGCCCGCUGGAGAAUGGCGUCGGACGAGGAGGUGGACGAGAGCUACGCAGGAGAGGAUGACAUGGACGAAACCGGAGGACAGAUAUCAAACGUUGGCCAGCAAGUAGAUGGAUCAUCUGAUGCUGAAGAAUCUCAAAGACUAGAAGAAGAUGAUGAUUAUGAACCAGAAGAGCGAAAAAAGAAGAAGGGAAAGAAGCGAAAAGCACGUAGUGAAGAUAAAAAGGGAAAGAAAAAGAAGAAAAAGAAAAAAUCUGAUUCUGGAGAUGAAAGUGAUUUUGGUGGAGGUGGUGGUGGUGGUGGUGGUGAAGCAGGUGGUGACGCGGCUGGUGAGGAUAGCGAUUAUGCAGUCAACAAAAAGAGCAGAAAAUCGUCAUCUAGAAAAUCCUCCAGCCAUAACACACCGACCACUCAGAGCCAGGAACCCACAACAGGCAUGCCCACGAUCGAAGAAGUGUGCAAUACAUUUGGCUUGACGGACGUACAAAUUGAUUAUACCGAAACUGAUUUCCAAAACUUAACAACAUACAAGCUAUUUCAACAACACGUCAGACCGCUUUUGGCAAAAGAAAAUCCAAAGGUUCCAAUGUCAAAGCUCAUGAUGUUAGUGGCAGCCAAAUGGCGCGACUUUUCUGAAUUAAAUCCGCUUACGCAACCAGAUGCAGACGUCUCGUCCACAAAUGUGGAUGAUGAUAGUAGAAACGCUAGGACAAAUCGGAGUGGUGCUAUGCAAGAGGCCGAAGAUGAGGAAGAAGAUGAUGAGGAUAGCGACAGAAAGAGGAAAUCGCGAGGUUCGAGAGCAAAGAAAGGGAAAAAAGCGUCGAAAGUACCAACACUUAAGAUUAAACUUGGGAAACGUAAACGAGGCAGUUCGGAUGAAGAAGCAGAAGGUAGUGCCGCUGGUUCUGCGGCUGAUUCAGAUAUGGAGUUUGAACAAAUGUUGGCUGAUGCAGAAGAAACUCCUGGUGCCGAAGGUAACAAAAACAACGUUGAAGAGGGUGGAGUAGAACCGCCGGCUGAACCACCAGUUCGCAGAAAGGCAAAAACUAAAAUUGGCAACAAGACCAAGAAAAAGAAGAAGACAAAAACAACUUCCAAGUUUCCGGAUGGAGAGGAAGGUCUCCAGACUGACCAUCAAGAUUACUGUGAAGUAUGUCAACAAGGCGGCGAGAUUAUAUUGUGUGACACAUGUCCGAGAGCAUAUCAUUUAGUAUGCUUAGAGCCUGAAAUGGAGGAGACACCCGAAGGAAAAUGGAGCUGUGCUCAUUGUGAAGGAGAAGGUAUUGCAGGCGCAGCAGAAGAUGAUGAUGAACAUAUGGAAUUCUGUAGAGUGUGCAAGGAUGGCGGAGAGUUACUAUGCUGCGAUAGUUGUACCAGCGCGUAUCACACGCACUGUCUGAAUCCUCCUUUAUCGGAGAUUCCUGAUGGUGAUUGGAAAUGUCCUAGAUGCUCUUGUCCACCAUUAAGAGGACGAGUGGCUAAAAUAUUAACCUGGAAAUGGAAAGAGUGUUCCGACACUCCAUCCGAGGAACCUUCCACGAGCAAAGCUGCACCUAAGCAAAGAAAAAUGCGUGAAUUCUUUGUUAAGUGGGCGGAUAUGUCCUAUUGGCAUUGCGAUUGGAUUACAGAGUUACAACUUGACGUUUUUCAUCCUCUUAUGUACAGGAAUUAUUAUCGUAAAUAUGAUAUGGAUGAACCACCAAAGUUGGAAGAACCAUUGGAUGAAAGUGAUACUCGUGUAAAGCGUCUUAAAGAGCAAGAUGGUGCAACUAACAGGGAUGAGUAUAAUUUGGAAGAACGUUUCUAUCGUUAUGGUGUACGCCCAGAAUGGCUAGUGGUUCACAGGGUGAUCAAUCAUCGGUUGCAAAGAGAUGGCAGAGCCACAUAUCUUGUGAAGUGGAGAGAACUUGGUUAUGAUCAGGCAACAUGGGAAGACGAACAUGAGGAUAUUCCUGGCUUGAAGCAAGCCAUAGAAUAUUAUCUAGAUCUCAGAGCCGCGAAUUGUUGCGAUGUCAGUUCGUCGCGUAAAGGUAAAAAAGGUAAAGGCAAGAAAUCAAAAACGCGCGAGUUGAUUGAUGAUGAGGAGAGGACUCCUAAACGGUAUACGCCACCGCCGGAUAAACCUACGACGGAUCUCAAAAAAAAAUACGAGAGGCAGCCGGAAUAUUUGGAUCAAACCGGAAUGCAAUUGCAUCAUUAUCAAUUGGAAGGUUUGAAUUGGUUGAGAUACUCGUGGGGUCAAGGCAUAGACACAAUUUUAGCCGACGAGAUGGGUUUAGGAAAAACUAUUCAAACUAUAACAUUCUUAUAUUCCCUAUAUAAAGAAGGCCAUUGCAAAGGGCCCUUUUUAGUUUCUGUUCCCUUGUCUACUAUCAUCAAUUGGGAACGUGAAUUCGAAACCUGGGCACCUGACUUCUAUUGUGUUACUUAUGUGGGUGACAAGGAUAGCCGUAUCGUAAUUCGUGAAAAUGAAUUAUCAUUCGAAGAAGGUGCCGUGCGUAGCGGACGCGCCUCCAAAAUCCGAUCAUCCUCGAUCAAGUUUAACGUUUUGCUUACGAGUUAUGAACUUAUCUCGAUAGAUUCGGCAUGUUUAGGCUCCAUUGAUUGGGCUGUUUUAGUCGUGGAUGAAGCUCACAGAUUGAAAUCGAACCAAUCGAAAUUCUUUAGAUUAUUAGCUUCUUACAAUAUUGCAUAUAAACUUUUGCUAACUGGUACCCCACUACAAAAUAACUUGGAGGAACUGUUUCACUUGUUGAAUUUCUUAUGUCGCGAUAAAUUCAAUGAUCUAGCAGCGUUCCAAAAUGAAUUUGCGGAUAUUUCAAAGGAAGAACAAGUUAAAAAGCUGCAUGAAAUGCUUGGUCCGCAUAUGUUGAGGAGAUUAAAAGCUGAUGUAUUGAAGAACAUGCCUAGCAAAUCUGAAUUUAUUGUGCGCGUUGAAUUAUCACCAAUGCAGAAAAAGUAUUACAAAUAUAUAUUAACGAGGAAUUUUGAAGCUCUUAAUCCGAAAGGAGGUGGUCAGCAAGUAUCGUUGUUAAAUAUAAUGAUGGAUCUCAAAAAAUGCUGCAAUCACCCGUACUUGUUUCCUGCUGCAUCGCAGGAAGCACCAACCGGACCAAACGGGAGUUAUGAGACAUCAGCUCUAAUUAAAGCAGCAGGCAAAUUGGUUCUAUUGAGUAAGAUGCUCAAAAAACUUCGAGAUGAUGGACAUCGAGUUCUUAUAUUCUCUCAAAUGACUAAGAUGUUAGAUAUUCUUGAAGAUUAUUUGGAAGGUGAAGGAUACAAAUACGAAAGAAUAGAUGGUAAUAUAACGGGUGCGCAGCGUCAAGAAGCUAUCGAUAGAUUUAACGCCCCUGGUGCACAACAAUUCGUCUUUUUACUUUCUACACGCGCUGGUGGUUUAGGUAUCAACUUAGCAACCGCAGAUACUGUGAUUAUUUACGAUUCUGAUUGGAAUCCACAUAACGAUAUUCAAGCGUUUAGUAGAGCUCAUAGGAUAGGUCAAGCUAAUAAAGUUAUGAUCUAUCGAUUCGUCACGCGUAAUUCUGUAGAAGAAAGAGUUACGCAAGUAGCUAAGCGCAAAAUGAUGCUCACUCAUUUGGUUGUGCGACCAGGCAUGGGCGGCAAAGGCGCCAAUUUUAGUAAACAGGAGCUUGAUGAUAUUUUACGUUUUGGUACGGAAGAAUUAUUCAAGGAAGAAGAGGGUAAGGAAGACGAAGCUAUACAUUAUGAUGACAAGGCUGUCGCCGAAUUAUUAGACAGAAGUAAAGAGGGCAUCGAGCAGAAGGAGAAUUGGGCUAACGAGUACUUAAGUUCCUUCAAAGUUGCCUCGUACGUAACAAAAGAAGGUGAAACAGAGGAAGAAGCAGAUACAGAGAUAAUUAAGCAAGAAGCAGAGAACACAGAUCCGGCGUAUUGGAUCAAACUGCUUAGACAUCAUUACGAGCAGCAACAGGAAGAUAUAGCUAGAACACUUGGAAAAGGAAAACGAGUAAGAAAACAAGUUAAUUAUACGGAUGGUGGUGUAACCGGUGAUCAAGGUGCAAGAGACGACCAACCAUGGCAGGAAAAUUUGUCGGAUUAUAAUAGUGACUUUAGCGCGCCCAGUGAUGAUGACAAGGAGGAUGAUGAUUUCGAUGAGAAGGGUGAUGGCGACUUGUUGUCUCGCAGAAGUAGACGAAGAUUAGAGAGACGCGAUGAAAAGGAUAGACCUUUGCCACCUUUACUUGCUAGAGUAAAUGGAAAUAUCGAGGUAUUAGGUUUUAAUGCUAGACAACGGAAGGCAUUCCUCAAUGCAAUUAUGCGUUAUGGAAUGCCACCUCAAGAUGCAUUUAACUCUCAAUGGUUGGUGCGUGACUUACGUGGCAAGUCUGAGAAAAACUUUAAAGCCUAUGUUUCUCUCUUUAUGCGACAUCUUUGCGAACCAGGUGCCGACAAUGCUGAAACAUUUGCUGAUGGUGUUCCACGAGAAGGUCUCAGUCGGCAACAUGUAUUAACGAGAAUCGGCGUUAUGUCUUUGAUUAGGAAGAAGGUGCAAGAAUUUGAACAUAUUAACGGCUAUUAUUCAAUGCCAGAAAUGAUACGCAAACCAGUAGAGCCCGUCAAAGUCGGAGAUGGAGUUGGAGAUGCAGCAACAGGUACUAGUAGCACUAGUGCUACCCCAGCUACUUCAAAUGCCCCCAGUCCUAGCCCUGCUGCUACACCAACUCCUACUUCUAUCUCUGGUGCGGGUAACGAAACCAACAAAGCGAAUUCUGAUGCAUCUGAAGUUAAGGAAGUUAAAGAAGAAUCAAAGGACAAAGAGAGUGGUGAUACGAAAGACUCAAAGGAAGAGCCGAAGAGUUCUAAAGAAGAGGAAGAAGUGAGUUCCGAGAAAGAUAAGGAGAAAGAGGACUCUAAAAAGGAAGAAAAAGAUGCUGAAACUGAGUCCGUUGAAAAAGAGAAGGACAAAUCCGACAUAAAAGAUGAAAAAACUGUAGCGAAACAUGAUGAUAAAGUGGAGAGUAACGAGACUAAGAAAUCUGAACUGGAAGAAGAUGUUGUUAUUGUGAAGGAUGACGAAGAAGAAGUUGAAAAGCGAGAAGAGAAAGAUAACAAAGAAAAGGAUGUCAAGGACUCUGAUCCAGAAGUAAUUAAGCCUAAGCGUAAAUUCAUGUUUAAUAUAGCCGACGGUGGUUUUACGGAAUUACACACGCUUUGGUUGAAUGAAGAAAAGGCUGCUGUACCAGGUCGCGAGUACGAUAUCUGGCAUCGCCGACACGAUUAUUGGCUCUUGGCUGGUAUUGUUACACAUGGUUAUGGACGCUGGCAGGAUAUUCAAAAUGAUAUUCGAUUUGCAAUCAUCAAUGAACCAUUCAAGAUGGAUAUGGGAAAGGGCAACUUUUUGGAGAUAAAGAACAAGUUCUUAGCAAGGCGUUUUAAGCUUUUGGAACAAGCUUUAGUAAUCGAAGAGCAAUUGAGGCGCGCUGCCUACUUGAAUCUCACACAGGAUCCUAAUCAUCCUGCAAUGAGUCUUAAUGCACGAUUCGCUGAGGUUGAAUGUCUUGCUGAAUCACAUCAACAUCUUAGCAAAGAGAGUCUCGCUGGUAAUAAACCUGCAAAUGCGGUGUUGCAUAAGGUGUUAAAUCAAUUGGAAGAGUUAUUGUCUGAUAUGAAAUCAGACGUGAGUCGUUUGCCAGCAACCCUGGCCCGCAUCCCACCAGUCGCUCAGAGACUUCAGAUGUCGGAAAGGUCGAUACUAAGUCGUCUGGCCGCUACUGCACCUGGUGGCACUAGUUCUCAAACUGGACAAGCUGCAUUACUAGCUCAGCAAUUUCCGGCUGGCUUUUCCGGAGGACAAUUGCCAGCUACUUUUGCAGGCGCUGUUAAUUUCGGGAAUUUUAGACCACAAUACUCAGUUCCGGGGCAACCACCGCAAGGUUUUACAGCAUGAAUGAAGUUGGAACACAGUGGCUCAAACAAGAACUCAAAAUAGCGCAAAUUGAACUGUCUCGCGAGAAUCGUUUGCGCUGUAACAUUAUUUUUCGUAAAUUGCAGUUUUUAGCUGAAUUUUUCUAGAAAAAGGAUAUGAUAAUGUUUCCAGGUGAAGACGUAAUAUUUUACAAAUCGAGUUACAUUACUUCUGUAUUUAUUACGUGUACAUUCGGCAUCUAGAGUCGGUUUCACAUUCUCUGUAUUUAUACAUGCGUUCUUUAUAAGUAACGGCAUAGAUUAUUUUCGUAAGUUUUUUUUAAGGGUUUUUUAAAGGGUGAUUCACAUCCUUUUAGCUCUUAAUGUAUUACACGUAGUAAAUCGAGUACGUUAUUUACUUAAGUCUAUUUAAGACCUUUUAGUUCAUAAUGUCGAGUUUUUCCAUAUGUCAUCACUAUUAAGGUGCUGUAUUUCCAGUUUAUUACUUGUAAUUUAUUCACGAAAUUUGCGACAAUAGGUUACACGCAAGCGGUAAACUUUUAGAAUAUCCACGAUACUUUAAGGCCUGUGGUUCAUUUUGAAUUGUAUGUUUACUAUGGUGAACAAUGGCAAUUACUUCAUGCGCCAAGACUGACAUUCGGACAAUGUAGCUAAGAAACUCUUACUGCAUGAUACACUUAUCGUAAUGCAUGGAUUGAAUUUCAAGACGAUAAGUAUUUUUUUCUUAUACUUAUCUCUAUUGUUUUUCAUUUAAAUGUUAAAAUAUUGGAAAAGAUCGCAUAAACUUUUGACAAGGAAAAAUGCGGGUCACUCCUAAGAUAGAUUUUUUUUUAACUUUUUCUUCAUUUUUGAGUGGAUUUCUUAUUACUUGAAACAGGAAAUUAAUAAUUAUCUAGUGAGACAGUAAACUUUCUUUUAUCAUUUUUAAAAAUAAAUAAGAGGCAAAAAUGCAUUUAAAAAUGAAUAUAGAUAGCUGUUUUUACUCUAUGUAUACAUAUAUGACAUCGUUAAUAUAUCUUUGUACAUGAUCAUUAUCUUUAUGAGAAAUCACCUAGUGAUUACAAUUCACACAUUAGAUUUGUAAAUUAUGAGACAUUAUGCCCAUGCAUUACUAGAGGUGAACUACUGCAAUCGUAACAAGACGAUCUUAAGUAAGCAUAUGCGUAUUGUUCAGUCUUUUGUACCCAAAUCAGAAACCAAAAUUAUUUUAAUGUUUCGUUAACAAACUCGCCAAAUCACUGCUUUUUACAUACUUGAGUUUUCAAGAUCCGUUUAGAAUUUAGCUAUGAAAUUCGAAGAACGAUUUGAAGAAAAGCGGAUGAAGUGAAUGGAAUAUUAUUAAAAAGAAAAAAAAAGAAUCGUUUGUGUAUGUACUAGAUCUACUGGAAUAAAUUAAUAAUAAUUAGAAUA